CCUCCCCCAAGCCAUGCUCCUUCAAUCGGAAAUGCUUCUGCUUUUUUUAUCUCGCGUUAUAUUCAACACAGAAAGAACCAGAUAUUGAGAGCAUCGUUAAGCUUACAUCUAUCUUGUCUCCCCUCAGCCCCUCGUACAACCAGAUUACAAUGAUACCAGGAGCCGGGACUACUCGACUAUUCCUGAAGACUGGCCCGCGACAGGAGAUUACUGGUCCGCCGUACCAGGAUCGGACCCAGACUACACCUCUGUCCGAAUUGCACGCGCAAGCUCACCAUGCAGCCGAGUUCAACCGGGCCGUUAACCAGCAACGCGAAAUGCGUGGUGAAUAUCUCCAAAACCUGUGGCGGAGGCCUCACGAUCAAGCCACUGCCACGAACCUGAGCCAGCCGGUCGGUUCUGAAGCGUCUGCUAUUCCUACCAACGCACUUCAGAUGGACAAUCGGUCAAGUAGGGCUCCGGGUGCUUCUUCUUCUUCUCGUCCUGAAGAUGGAGGAGAAACGAAUCAUCCGGGAGCAUCUUUUCCUCCACCACAGCCCGAGCCUCAUCCAGCGCCAUACGCUACACCUGUCACACCAGGUUUAACCAAUUCGUUUCCGUUAUCAUCUUCCUCGGUCCACAGUCCACAACAGCCACUGACGCCUUUGCCUUCCACGUAUGCAACGCCAAACUCUUCAGUAUUGGCUCCAUCGCGUUUACCGCCAUCUUUAAACACUAUAGCACCCCCGCUGGAGAAGAGAUAUUCGGCCGAGGAGGGCUCGGAGAUGUACACCGAGGCCGAUAUUGAUCAAUGUCUCAAAGAAAUCGCCCAAUACGAUAUCGAGCAACAGAUGGCGGCCAAUGCUUCGUCUACGAUGCAAAGCACCUCAGCAUCGGCUCGAUUGUCUCUGACACCUUCUUCAAUCACUACACCCCAACCGGAGGUCGAUCCGUAGAAUGGUCCUGUAUUUCCGACUCC